AGUGCCACAGACGGGAGAGAGAGAGGCUGCUUUCUGCAUCACACCACUCUAUCCCUCAUUUACAUUCCAGACGCUCGCUCCUCUCCGGAGAGCUCCCUUCUCUGUUUGAAAUGCCAAUCACCACUGGCUGUACCUUCAUCCUCGAUCACGCACACAUCCUCCGUGCAAAUGUGAGGGAGCUGGGAGCACGACACGUGAUGAGGAGAUUCCCCACUUUUCGUCCGAGCGACGACUGAAGUUGCUGCACAGAUAUCCGACUCUGGAAUUCGGCCUUUUUGAGAUGUAUAGGAAUAAACAACUGGACUCUGUUUUUGUGAGGGUACUCCUGUGCUGACAUCGGACUACUAACCGUUACUCGGAACUACUGAAGGAUUUCCUUUUAUUUUUCUUUGUGGACGUCCUGUGCCUGCAACUGGCCGCUCAGCUGUGCUUCGUCCUGGUAAGACAGGACUGAUAGAGGAAGAGUGUGUGUGUAUGUCCUGUACCGCUGCCGUUUCCUCCGGAGUUUAAGCUUGACUCACUACCUGCUGCCACCGGUUAGACUCUCCGUAGGAUUCUGUCAUCGCACGUGUGGGGGCGUUAUUUAAAGGAUUUCUGCAGAGCGGUGGCUCAAGUACUGCUGAUAUGCCAGGCACCUGGCAUGGACACCUUCCCCGUGUCUAUCAGGGGCAGCCUUACCGCGGCCAGCAUUUGCUGAGUUAGGCCCCCAAGGAACUACCACCCUAACUGUGCACCCUCAACAAGAUGAACGGAACUGAGUUGAACCAAAGCACAGAACCCUUCUGCCUGCUGAACAUUGGCUACUCCCAGAUCUUCAACACCUGCUUGCUGGAAUUAGCAGUUAUUCUCUUUUUGACAGUGCUCAUCAUCUCCGGGAACUUGGUGGUUAUGUUUGUAUUCCAUUGCGCUCCAUUGCUCAGCCAUCAUACUACUAGCUCCUUCAUACAGACGAUGGCGUACGCAGACUUCCUGGUCGGGGUCAGCUGUCUCAUCCCUUCACUGUCUCUCCUGUACCACCUGGAGGGUUUGAACGAGGAACUCACCUGCAUGGUCUUUAGCUACAUGGUCUGCGUUUUGAAGAGCGUCUCCAUGGCCUCACUGGCAUGCAUUAGUGUCGACCGUUAUGUUGCUAUCACCCGGCCUCUUUCCUACGCAGCUCUCGUCACACCUUGCCGACUUCGCACCUGCAUUGCCCUCAUUUGGCUAUACUCCGCGCUCAUCUUUCUGCCUACUUUUUUUGGUUGGGGCAAGCCGGGAUACCACGGUGAUGUCUUCAGGUGGUGUUCCUCCUGGGACACUCAGCCCCUCUUUACCGCCUUUAUUGUCGCAGCCCUCUAUGCACCGGCUGCUUUUACCGUUUGCUUCACCUACGCUCACAUCUUCCGGAUCUGUCGGCAACAUACUCGGCAAAUCAGUGAGCGGAGAGCACGCUUCGGCCCGCAGGAGCCUGAGCCGGGUGAGCAAGCAUGUACGGACAAACGCUACGCUACCGUGCUCUUCCGCAUCACUAGUGUGUUUUAUCUGCUUUGGCUACCCUACAUCAUCUACUUUUUAUUGGAGAGCGCUGGGAUAUACCACCAUGCCGUUGCAUCGUUUCUGACCACAUGGCUGGCCAUCAGCAAUAGUUUUUGCAACUGCCUCAUCUACAGCCUGUCAAACAGCGCCUUCCGCAAGGGCCUCAAGCGCCUCUGUCUUCUUUGUCUGCAACGUACGGACACCAAGAAGCCCCUGGGAGAUCCACAGGGCCUUCAGCGCCCUGCCUGCCAUGUGUAGUUCUUUCUGUUGGCAAAAGAAGUGAUGGCAAGUGUUUUGUCAAGUUAAAACGGAUACUGAAGAUUUGCAUCUGCGUCCGUAUACCGUCCCGGUUUGUCAGGGCGUUUUGAAUGAGGCAGGACCACGAGUUUGGUUUGCCUGUAUGUUGCAGGAUAACAUUCGAGGGAGAAGCCGACCGCUGGCCUGGGUAACUGGAGAUAAAGUGGACAGUUAUGUGAAAGUGGGCUGCUCUUAUUGUUCCAGAGCUGUCAGGAGUUGAGUUGAUGAUAGGAUAUGUAAUGCGGAAGGAUGAAAAUCUCAUUCCAUGAGACAGAAUUGUGUUUUAAAACAUUUUCAGGUUACAACAAAGUAAAUUCUGAAAUUUAGGCCACAGUGCUGUUUUAGAGACCGGAUAAAGUUGAGCUCAUUACUUUCCAUCUUAAUUUAGCUGAUCUGUAGAUUCUGUGGUUUGAUUUUAUCGGCCUUUGUGCACUGUUGACUUUUAGUUAUGCUUACGUGGUCAGCAUAGGGGGAAUGAAUAGCUUGUGUUUUCCCUCCCAGCUGUUUAAAUGCAGGUACAAAGAAUGAGUCCUGCUAGACUAGAACCGUGAACAUUAUUUGCAAGAUAUUAAAAAUCUUCCAUACUCUGCAUCUGAAUCCCAGCCUUUGACCUGGUUUCAGACUCUUUAACUGACUCUUUUUUUGUAAUAUACCCAAAUUUCUUUCCACGUAAUUUCCGAGGAUAAUCUGAUCACGACCCUGCUCCCAGUGGAGGAAUGUGUUUGUUAGAUCAGCAGUGAUUUUUGUCUCGGGGCCAGCUAUGAGUCUUGACCUUCAGCAAUCCGAAUUAACGUUUCUUAAAAGCUCUUUUCCCAAAGACCUGAAUUAUACCCUUCAGCGAUGUCGCAAUGACACAGCCUUCCCAUUUUAUGCUUGUUUAAUGCCAUGGAGGGAUUACAUAACCGUGCCGCUGGUCAGAGGACAUCAUCCUUAUAAAACACGUUAAAACAACAGCAAACAGACUCCCCAUUCUGCCUGACGUAUUAUAAACCCUUGAAUGGACAUGAGAUUAACUUUCUUGCUAAAAGAUAAAAAAGUCCUUUGAGGAUUGUGGGGGAUUUGACUUUGAUCUCAGUUUAAUUGUUUUGCCUACUGGACGGAGUGACUUUUUGACAUGACCUCUGCCCUGAAAUGUCCGUCCUGUGGAAAUAUCUGCCCGUGCUUAGUUUACUCGCAUGGGUUGCAGGGAGUUUUAGUGGAUUGGGUAACAUCUGUGCAAACGCAUUAAGAGAAUCUCACUUAAAAUGUCACAUUAUGUAGUUCAGCACACCACGCAAACAACAUGAUCCAAACAGCUGUCAACAGACCCUUAAGAUGCUCAGCUCUGCAGUGUUCAAAGUUGCUUGGAUUGGGUCUCAAGGUGGAUUUGGACCAUGCGCCAGGGUGAAAACUACUGAAACGACGUCAGAUGUCGGAGAGGUCAACGCUUCUUGCAUGUACAUAGUUUUUAAAGACAGAUUAGCAAAAAAAGACUCUUAUUGCGCUGUGAUAUUUGUGUCUAUGACGCUUAAAAAAGACAUUCUGUGUAUAACGCACGUGUUGAGGUGCCAAGAAAAUAGAGGGCAAAUUAUGCUCUUUUUCAUUCUUUGACUGUGAUUAUGAAUUUAUUUUUUGGACGGUACUGUUAAAUAUCGGUUCUUACGCAGAGAUAGCUUUGUUCUUAUAGCUGACCAAAGUAACAAUAUUUAUGUUUUUAAUCAUUCUUUUUAUUCUUAAACAUAUACAGGAACCACACAAUCAAAAUACUUGUUUUGAAAAUUCAUAUAUAUUUAAUUGUAUUUCGUGUAAUUAUAUUCAUGGGGAUGACCUUAACCGUCCCUUCAAAUGAACAUUGGGGAGGAUUAUGUGUUGUAUCCCAUAAUAGAAGCGUUUUGUUAGACACUAUGAGAAAAAGGACCUAAUUUGAUCACUCAGUUUACUGUAAAAAAAUUAUCUAUUUUUAUGCUAAUGUCUGAAUUGCCUAUAGACUUGUCUGUGUCUCUUAUGAAGUGUUGAGCCUUUGAUAAGUGAUGUGAUGAUAGUCAGAACCGCUUCUGAGCUGCCGUGUCGUGACAGGGCGCUGUGCAAUACUACCAUUGAUUAGAGAGAAUACAUCGCACACAAUAGAAAAAGGGCUUUUAUGUUCUCUAAGUGUCCCAGCUGUGUUCUGUAAUGUAGAUCUUGAUCUGACGGCCUCUGGCCCUGCACUGUUUUUAAACCAGAGCUGAAAGAUUUUGUGGAGUUCAUCCAUUCUGACGCCGCUCUGGACUACUUGAAGCAUAGAUGAUCUUCUCAUUUGCUUUACUCACCAAAAACAUUCAGAAUAAAUGCCCAAGAUUUUGAUGGCCAUGCUUUAGUGGCUGCCUCCAAAAUGUUGUACUAGAGAUGUUAAAAACGACGUAUUUCCAAAUAGUCUAUAGACUGAAGGGCUAGUCUGGUUUUGGGUUUACCUGACCCCAAUCGGACCUGUUUUUUUGUUCAGCAACAGUGAUGGAGCACAACAGAAUUGAACCGAAUGCAGGGGUCAAAGUUUGAAAAAUUCAUGACAAAAAAUAACUUUUGUCUGGGUGUGUUUGACAUAUGGUGGUUUAAAAUUGGACGAAUUUAGACAUUGAAAAGGUUUUUAUAUGUGAAAUGUCUGAAAGCUACAGCACACAACUGUCAGCAUGCUAUUAAAGCACUGCCACUAAAGAUGCAAAAAAUUACAAAUAAAUAAUAAUAAUUAUUAAUGAUUAAAACAAAAUCCCUAUGUUAUGAUAUAUAACAGAAGUUCCUAUAUUACAAGAUUUAAAAUGGUGGAAUUUUAAAAGACUGCUAUUCUAAUUUCAUUCCUGUUUGACCUCUUAAAGAGAUCGUUCACCCAAAAACAAAAAUAUUUUAUCAUUUAUUACCCUUUUGGCAUUGUCAAACCUGUUUAACUUUCUUUCUUCUGUAGAACACAAUAGAACAUUGGCCCUCAUUGACUUCCAUUGUAUGGACACAACCCACAGAAACAUCUUGUUUUGUGUUCCACAGAAGGAAGAGUCAAUGAUAUUAAUAUUAACAAGAUGCGCCUCCGUCGAAUGGCGAGGAAUGCAAAGCUCAAUAUGGCCGCUCUAGCGAAGGAAGUCCCCGCCGUCCAGUAAAACGAGCCAAUCGUAAAUCAGUAAUGACUGACGAUUCUCUGGGGCGAGCUCUCGUGAGGCACUUGCCAGCCUGUGCGCAAGCACAGUAGAUGAGACGACAACGAAAAAGGUGAUUUGUAGCGCAAUUUAAGCUUAGCAAACCAAAGUCAUGAUACAGUUCAUGUCAUGUUUAGUUAUUGAUCGAAAAAUAUGCCGUUUAAUUUGCCAGCGAUUUUAGAAAUAUCUGCCUUACACCAUUCAAGUAGAUUGGACUGUGGACUAGCUAUGACGUAAAUAGCUGCCCAGAGGCGUUGCAAACAUGGCCGCCGAUUGGAACGACUUCCGUAAACGAACUUUGGUCAUAUACAGGUCUUGAACUACAUGAGGGUGAAUAAAUGACAGAAAUUUUAUUUUGGGCGUUCCACAAAAUAUUGUAUGCGUUCUAUAACAUAUUGCGACUGUUGUUGGAUUUUCUGCUUCAAUUGCGAAAAAAUCCCUUUCUUGCGGCAUGCUAAUCAGUGCAUUGUCAUAUUCUGUAGAUAAUGUAUCUUGCAUAUGUGUUUGAAGGAUGUAGCAAGUGGAUUUGUAUUUAUUUGAAUUUACUACAGAUGCGAUUGUGUUCUUUUUUGUAAUGGAAAUUGAUAAUGAGACUCGAACGAGUGUCUGCAUUGCAUGUUUCGCGUCAUAAUCGAUGGUACUUGUGUCAUGGGUAAAAGAAGGGUAAAGGUUUUUAAUGUUAUUUGAAUCGUAGAACACUGAUGCCAGAGAGCUUUUUGUAUGUUUUUUGUUCUCUCUAUGAUGCCAAGGCAUUUUUUUCUCUUUCCUGUGGGAAACUGGUUAUGUUCUUGAUGUCAAUGUCAAGGCCUAGUGCUCUCAAGAGAAUCAAUCUCCCAUGAUGAUGUUGCUCUCUGCUGUGCCAUAUUAGGAUGCCGGACCCAAGCGGUCCACUGCCAUCGCAGAAAAUGGAGGGCUGAGCUGGAACAGUGUGUGUUUGCUGUCGACGGAACACACAACCCUCCGUGCACACAAACUCACAGCUCUUGAUUGUAGCAGGCGUCUGUGUUGAAUUUAUUCAUGCAUGUUCUAGCAGUCGGUUAAAUCGUCCGGCUCUUUAAUGACGUGCUUAUGAUCUUGGCCUUGUAAGUGGCAAUGAUUUGUAUUUGAUUAACUGGAGAGAAUUGUUUUUUUUUGCCUUUAACCCUUUAACUUAAGUGUCCCGAAUUGUAUUUCGCUUCCUCUUUCUUAUCUGAAGUGAACGUUUCUCACAAGGGUAUGAAAACACUGCUUGGUGUUGAUGAUUAACACUGUUUCGGACAGAAGUUGCUGGGUUGAAAGAAGAUUCUGCUUCUGUUUUUUUUGUUGCAAAAUAUGGUUGUAGCUGAGGUACUGGUGUAGUGUACCGCACAUUUUGUAAAGAUGUCAUGUUUUAGAAAAUAAUUGUCUAUAACAUAUUUAUAUUCUGGUAUAUCUGCACUGAGGAAAUAAAUGUGAUCUCAAUGUGUCUUUUAUCGUGUGUUAUUUAUAUAAAGGAACAUGUUGAGUGAGUUUGUGUUCGUGUACACGUAUGUUUUUUAAUGCAGAUGAAUGUGCUGGUGCCAGCCUAUGACAGUACAUUAAUAGUCUCCUCUUUGCAGGCGGGCAUUGGACGAUAAUUGAACCAGCACAUCACAUGCUCUCACACACACGUUUACACAAAAGUAAUGCAUUGCGAUUGUAUGUGAUAUGGAAUAGGAGCAGUGACGUAACUGUGCAACGUUUACCUUGUAUUUAAGAAAUGAUCCACAACUUCACGCAUGUCAUAAGAGUAGAGUUGGCUCAUGUAAAGUCUUGUUACUUAUUGAAUAAACCUUUGGCACAACUUACCCAAAUAUAUCUGACACUACCCUACAACUACCAUUUUGGAAUUAUUUAACAACUCAUGGCCAAUCAUUGGCGAAGUAUGCAUAGUUUUACAAAUUGGCAAUUUGCUUGCAUGUAUGAUACAGUGUAUGAAGAGUUCAUUUGCAAAAACGGAUCAUCAUUAUUUUUUCAAAAAUCAUGUUUUUAUUGUGCAUUCCAAGUAAUGCUGUAUCAAUCAAACUGCAGUUAGGUUGUUUUGAUUAAGUAAUAAUAACUAAAAAAAAAUACAGCUAACAAACACAAUAAAAAACACCAUAACGUACUGAAAAACAUGAUUUUUUAAACAGGUUUUUAAAAUGUUAUCUGUUUUUGUAUCGAUACAAUUGAGCACCUCAUUUACAUAACACUUGGAGUAUCUGAAACCAUUAAUACCAUCCACACCUGAAGUGACAUUUUAAAAAACAAACAGUACUAAUAUAGAGUUCAUUGUAAGUUGUUGUGUGUUGCCGUCAUGGCUGGGUUAGACAGAAAUUCUUAACAUGGAAAAGAUAUGUUGCGAGUCUUUGUGUCUUGUGUACACACAGUGUAAAUGGAAUCUUGAAAAUAAAAUUUGUGACUAUACAUAACAGUUCCUCGAAUCAGCUGACAUGUGACAGCCUAAGACGUCUUGAAUUUUGUUUAAAUCACUACAAAUCAGACUACAAAUUUAAGAGAAAAUUCUCUUUUAC